AUGUCCGCCUCGCAUCCCACCCAAGCCCAGCUGAAUCUGGCCGCCCUGGCCAGCUCGCCGUCGCCCCGGACCAUGCGAACCCUGCGCAAGAUCCAGUCCCACCAAGUUCUCUCGUCGAAUCCUUCCGCUGCGAUCUUGAGUCCCCCGCCGUCGCACCCAUCGACCGCCCGCUCGUCGGCCGGACCCGAUGAGCUCACCCACCAUGCCCAGCUGGAUUCGCCCGUGCGGCUGCGCACGCAUCGGCGCGCGCGAUCAAACAGUGAUGCCGGGUCUCGCGAGGCUCCCACGAUGAUAACCCGGGGACGGUCAGCGAGGAAGACGGGCUCCGGCGUCGGCGUUAAACGAUCGAUCUUGGAGUCCCUGUUGCGUGACGGCCCGCAGCACGGAGAUGCGGCGGAGGGCCUGCAGGAGCUGCGAUAUUUGGUCCUCUCAACUAGGGUGGACGCUGACGGAGACGGAAUGUCCGCAUAUCGCAUAUACCUGUGGCUGGUCCUCCUGGACAUACCCCCCGUUCCUACGGACGACUACCUCUCCCUCAUCCACCGCGGCCGCUCGCCGGCGUACACGAAGAUUCGCAACGACACGUUCCGCACCCUGGCAACCGACCCGCUGUUCAAGCGUCGCGUCACCGAAGCCAGCCUGAUCCGGCUGCUCAACGCGAUCGCCUGGAAAAUCCACGACGCCAAGACGAAACACCGACCCAAGUCGCGUCCGUCCUCGUCUCGACGACGGGAGAUGGAGCUCCUGAUCAACACGCCUCCCAGCAUCGCCGAGGAGGUCGAAGACCGACCCACGCCCAGCAGCAGCCGCAGCUACAACAGCAGCAAUAACAUCACGAGCGACUCGGCGAUCUACGUGCAGGGCAUGAACGUGCUCUGCGCGCCGUUCCUCUACGCCGCCCGCAGCGAAGUCGAGGCCUUUGCCCUGUUCCACUCGUUCAUCACCCGCGAGUGCCCCGGGUACAUCCGCGGCGCGAUGGACGGGGUGCACCGCGGACUGCGACUGGUCGACCGGUGUCUGGAGAUCGUCGAGCCGAAGCUGGCCGCGUACCUGUUUUCCAAGGGCAUGCAGGCAGAGCUGUACGCGUUCCCGUCGGUCUUGACCAUGUGCGCGUGUACGCCGCCCUUGCCCGAGGUAUUGCAUCUGUGGGACUUUCUCUUUGCGUAUGGGCCGCACCUGAACAUCUUGUGUAUUGUGGCGCAGCUUAUCCGGAUGAGGGAUACGAUUCUGGAAAGCCCCAGAUCCCCGAACCACUGUAUGCCGAGUUGA